AAAAAAAGCAUAAUAUAUAUUUAUAUAUGGAUGUGACUAGCUAGGGGCUAGCUGAAGCUAACUAGCACAACAGUCCCGCAGACUUGCACUCUCACGUUAGCUUAGCCGUCGCACCGCGGACGUUAGCCCGCUAACGGGCGCUUUGCGACGCGCUUAACGUCAACGUGCCUAAAGAGCAGUUUGCCGCGCGCGAGCUGCUUCAACCCCCGUUGCUGCGCGAGCGCAUUGCUAUAAAUCACUCUUCAAUUAAAUCAGUUUUAAAGGUCACGGAGCUUGUCAACGAGCCGAGCUAGCGGCUAGCUGUCGCUCACUAAUGUUUGCUAAAUCAUGGCAACAUCGUGUUGCCCCCCUCGGGGGUAGAAUAAUUAUUCCGCUUAAAAUACUACUUCAAUGCCACACUAUGAUAAUACUUUAUUUAGCCGUACGUAAAUACAGACAUGCAAGUGAAAGUAUUUAGCAGUAAAGAAUGUCCCCAGUCGGUGUUAUACUAUUAUAUUUAUGACGUUUCUGAUUGAAUAUUGGUGCUGCAGUAAUGUGUCCUUUACAGAUGUUUACGGUUGUAAACUCAUUAAUAUACUUUUGGGGGGUUGUUUUUAAUAUUCAGCAGCGCAUCAUAUUCUAUAAGAUACUCCUCGUGUUAGUAACGUCGCUGUCCUGUGAGAACCACGGGGCUGUCAACUCUAAAGGAGCUCUAAAAAAAAACAAAAACGACGAACAGCUUUGUGACGAAAUAUUUUCCAUCAGAUCCAAGAGGCUUAAGAAGUAGAAUGAUUUUUAUCAUCACACAAAGGAAACACUUCAUCUUUCACUUUCACAAACAUAUAAAGUCAACAUAUCUUUUUUUUUUUUUUAAACUGAGAGGAUAUAACACAUCUUAAAAGUUUCUAAUUGAGUAAAAAGUAGAAUAUGUGGUAGAGAAGAAGUAAAAGGUUGCUUCAAAUUGAAAUACUCUGGUGAAGUAGAAGUACUUCUAAUGUGUGCAGCACUCGAGUAACAACGCACUAAACUGUCCUGGCUGUGGAACCGACGGUGAAGUAAUUUCCGAGCGGCUCCGGUUCAGUUUAAUCUCAACUCCUCUUAACAGUCGGUCGGGGAGGAAAUGUGAGGAAUGCACGCUGCGUUUGCUAAUGCCGGUUAGCUUUCAGUUGACUUAAGGUGAUAGGUUAGUGAAUCAGUUCGGUUCCCUGAGGCUUAUCGCCACGGUGAGCGGAGCUACUAUGUAACCGACGCGUGAAAACAAACACGGCAGCUUCACGUUGAAUGCGUUUCUGAGUUGGAGUUGUUGCCUUUUUGGUGUGUAAGUCCACCUGUCGGCUGAAUGUCUCCCAACACCUGUGAGGUUACACAAGCCACCAAUCAGAUUGUGAUGAACUGUGCUGACAUCGACAUCAUCACGGCGUCCUUCGUGCCGCAGGGAGGAGAAGAAAUCAAUGCCACGGGAUUCAACUAUCAAAAUGAGGACGAGAAAGUCACCCUGUCAUUUCCUAGCGCUUUACAGAAAGGCUCUGGCACGUUGAAGGUAGACUUUGUCGGGGAGCUGAACGACAAAAUGAAAGGAUUCUAUAGAAGUAAAUACACGGCCGCCACCGGAGAGAGCCGCUACGCUGCUGUCACACAGUUUGAGGCCACAGAUGCUCGCAGAGCUUUCCCCUGUUGGGAUGAGCCGGCUAUCAAAGCCACCUUUGACAUCGCGCUGAUAGUUCCCAAGGACCGCGUAGCCUUGUCCAAUAUGAAUGUCAUCGAUCGAAAGCCAUACCCGGAAGACGAGAACCUGGUGGAGAUGAAGUUCGCCACCACGCCCAUCAUGUCCACGUACCUCGUAGCGUUCGUCAUCGGCGAAUACGACUUUGUGGAGAGCCAGUCUUCAGACGGCAUCACGGUACGCGUCUACACGCCGAUCGGGAAGGCGGAACAGGGGAAGUUUGCACUGGAGGUUGCAACCAAGACCUUACCUUUCUACAAAGACUACUUCAAUGUUCCUUAUCCGUUGCCUAAAAUCGAUCUCAUAGCGAUCGCCGAUUUUGCUGCCGGUGCCAUGGAGAACUGGGGCCUUGUUACCUACAGGGAGACGGCGCUGCUCAUCGACCCCAAGAACUCCUGCUCGUCCUCCAGGCAGUGGGUGGCGCUGGUGGUCGGACACGAACUCGCCCACCAGUGGUUUGGAAACCUGGUCACCAUGGAAUGGUGGACCCAUCUGUGGCUCAAUGAGGGCUUUGCCUCCUGGAUCGAGUACCUGUGUGUGGACCACUGCUUCCCGGAGUACGACAUCUGGACCCAGUUCGUCUCGGCCGACUACACCCGCGCUCUGGAGCUGGACGCGCUGGACAGCAGCCAUGCCAUCGAGGUCAACGUGGGCCAUCCAUCCGAGGUGGAUGAGAUCUUUGACGCCAUCUCCUACAGCAAAGGGGCGUCUGUGAUCCGCAUGUUGCACAACUACACGGGAGACGAGGACUUUAGGAAAGGAAUGAACGCCUAUCUUUUGAAGUUCCAACACAAAAAUGCUUCAACAGAGGACCUGUGGGACUGUCUGGAACAGGCCAGUGGGAAGCCCAUCGCUGCAGUGAUGAGCUCGUGGACCAAGCAGAUGGGCUUCCCGAUCAUCGAAGUGGAAGAGGAGCAGCAAGGUGACGACCGCGUCCUCAAGAUCUCUCAGAAGAAGUUCUGUGCCAGCGGACCGCACAGCGGCGAGGAUUGCCCCAGCUGGAUGGUCCCCGUUAGUAUCUGUACCAGCGAGGACCCCAAAUGCACCAAGCUCAAGGUUCUGCUGGACAGACCCGAGACCAGCAUCACCGUGAGCGGCGUGGCGCCCGACCAGUGGGUCAAGGUCAACCCCGGCACCGUGGGCUUCUACCGCAUCCAGUACAGCACGGCCAUGCUGGAGCGGCUGCUGCCGGGCGUCAGAGACCUCAGCCUGCAGCCUGUGGACCGGCUGGGCCUGCAGAACGACCUCUUCUCCCUGUCUCGUGCCGGGAUGAUCAGCACGGUGGAGGUGCUGAAGCUGAUGGAGGCGUUCGUCAACGAGCCCAACUACACGGUGUGGAGCGACCUCAGCUGCAACCUGGGGGUGCUGUCCUCGCUGCUGUCCCACACCGACUUCCACGAGGAGAUCCAGGAGUUCAUCCGGGACCUCUUCACCCCCAUCGGCCUGGAGCUGGGCUGGGACUGCAAACCGGGGGAAGGCCACCUGGACGCCCUGUUGAGAAGCCUUGUCCUGGGGAAGCUGGGGAAGGCGGGACACAAGCCCACGCUGGAGGAGGCCCGGCGGAGAUUCAGGGACCACGUGGAGGGCAAACCGGUCCUGCCUGCAGACCUCCGGAGUCCCGUGUAUUUAACAGUGCUGAAGCAUGGAGACAGCGCCACAUUGGACACGAUGCUGAAGCUCCACAAACAAGCCGACAUGCAGGAGGAGAAGAACCGUAUCGAGCGAGUCCUCGGCGCCAUCUCGGCCCCCGACCUCAUCCAGAAGGUCCUCAGCUUCGCCCUCUCGGAAGAGGUCCGUCCCCAGGACACGGUGUCCGUCAUCGGGGGCGUGGCCGGGAGCAGUAAACAAGGCCGGAAAGCCGCCUGGAAGUUCGUCAAGGACAACUGGGAGGAGCUUUACAACCGCUACCAGGGCGGCUUCCUCAUAUCACGGCUCAUCAAGCUCACAGUCGAUGGAUUUGCUGUCGACAAAAUGGCCGCUGAAGUGAAGAGUUUCUUCGAGAGCCACCCGGCGCCGUCGGCCGAGCGCACGGUGCAGCAGUGCUGCGAGAACAUCAACCUCAACGUGGCCUGGCUGAAGCGCGACGCCGACGACAUCUCUCAGUAUCUACUGCAGCGCAGAGGGCCCCCCGUCUGAGCCUCCUCUAGCCCCCCCAAACCCUCUACCCCCUCCCCCCUCCAGCGCGGACCUUCCAACAUCAUAGCUGCCUCAGUACCCCCCCGCCCCCCCCCGCAGACCACACCUGGAGACGUACUCGCAGCAGGCUUCAUUACUCUAAAGAAACUGCUUGGAACGAGAAGGCAAAGAGACUCUUUCUACGUUAACGAAGCAAAAUUAAAUUUUUAGUCGGACCAGGAAUGUAGUUUUACCCCCAUUCUGCCCGCGAGCGGACGAGUAACAUUAUCGAACCGGCGGCUCGGCGAAGCCCCCACGAGCACCCCGUCACCCAUCUCUACGCCGCAGCUGACAAAACUGUGAAACCCCCCCCCCUUCUCUUUAUUUCUCCUGCUGCCACUCACUUUGAAUGCGUGAUUUGUGAUUUUAUUUGAUUUUUUUCUGAAUUUGCUACUUUUUUUGUUUACUUUCGGUUUGUUUAUCUGUACAAACAAAAUGUACUUCUUAAUUUAAUUCUUUGUUUUGAGCUCCCCGUUCUCAUAACUCACACCGCCCUCCAUGUCUUUUGGGGGGCGAUCUGAUUGGGUGAGAGCAGGAGGCCCCCCCCUGGGCAGAGUGGGGUUAAUAACCGUAGUGUGUGUGUGUGUGUCUGUAUGUGUGUGUGUGUGGAUCCUCCAUUGCUAAUAAACGGUUAGACAGGCGAGCAGCGAUAGCAUGGUACUACAUUGUAAACUGUAUAAUGCAAGUUUUUUUUUUUUUUGUUUGCAGACAAUGUUUUAAAUAAUGGAAAGGUUCAUGGUCCCCCCUCCCCCCUCCAAACCCCCAGAGCUCUGUUCAGUCAAGAGUUUGUAUAGUUUGAAUCAUCAACGAACAUAUUUGAACAUAUUUGAUCUCCCUGUUUCUUUAUCUGCCACCCUCCAAAUGAAAUGAAGUUAUCGGCAUGUUUCAUAAAACAUCAGAAGUGUUUAUUUAAAUGUUGAGAUCACGUUUUUAUUCUGAGGCGAAGAAGAAGAAGAAAGAUCACAACGCUCUUCUUCAGGGCCUUUUUCCAUUCUGACGUAACAUCAGGAAACGCCUCUCAAUGAGGGUCCGGCGAGACCCAGUCCUGGUUCCGGUCUUUGUGGUCCCGACAGAUCGACUGGACUCCGCUGACGAACUUGGAGGCCUUUUUUUUUUUUUUUUUUUAAUCGGUUCGACCGGUUUGCAGAAAAUAUUUAACACGGAAAUGGUGAAAAUAGUUUAUUUCCACAUUACGUCUAAUGUGACAGAUUAUGCAGACUUGUUGAGCGAGUAUAUCUAUAUAGAAUUUACAAUUUGAUGUGGUUUUUGAAAAGCAUCCCGACCCAGAGUCCUCCAACCUGUUGUCGAGACUCUGCCCCCCCCCCCCUCCCCCCAUCCCAACAUUUGUUGUUUUUUCUUUGGUUUCUUUUUUUUGGUUUAAAACUACAGUUGGUGUUCAUUAAAGUGAAACAGGAUUAUAAAAACAAAUGAUGUGGAAAAUGUGGACAAGUUUAUUUUAAUGAUUGACGCGUGGUUACCUUGGAAACGGAUAUGAAAUAAAUGUUUAAUUUAUUCAUA